AUGGUUCAAGGCAUUUCGGAGAUAGCUGCAAUGUGCAUUGGCCUGGUCGGGCUGAUCGGGGCGGCGGCUACAACAGGAAUGCCCAUGUGGAAGGUGACAGCUUUCAUCGGAGAGAACAUAAUUGUGAUGGAAACACGCUGGGAGGGCUUAUGGAUGAACUGCUACAGACAGGCCAACAUAAGGAUGCAGUGUAAGGUGUACGACUCCCUGCUGUUUCUGCCACCAGAGCUACAGGCAGCCAGGGGUCUGAUGUGUUGUUCUCUGGCCUUGUCAGGAAUUGGGCUCCUUGUGGCUCUAGCAGGAAUGCGAUGUACUUCCUGUAUUCAGGGUAAUGAUUGGGCUAAGACAAUAAUCCUGAUGGUUGCAGGUUGUAUGCAGUUCAUGGCCUGUGUCUGUGUCUUCAUUCCUGUAUCAUGGACCGGUCACGUUAUCAUCAGGGACUUCUACAACCCUUUACUGAUCGAUGCACAGAGGAGGGAGCUGGGAGAGGCCCUCUACAUCGGCUGGGUGACUGGCGCAUUUCUUUUUGCCUCGGCCACGUUGUUUGUCUGCCGCCGUAUGCCCUCAGACAAAGGAUCACUUGACAUGUACUACCCGGCCAACUUUCUUGGUUACAAGCCAGCACCAAGCAAGCCAACUCUGAUGACCUAUCAUCCCAUCUCGAGUAUUUCCAGCCUCAGGUCGAAUGCAUACCAGCCUUCUCCACAGGACAACAGCUCUGUUGGACAACAAAUAGCAACUCCGAUGCACAACGUCCCUCAAGUAAUGACAACUAAUGGCGCACUAAUCAACCCUCCCGUUGUCUAUAACCCGGGUCUGCCUGAAAAUGCAUCAUUGUUUUAUCAAGGUAGCGUAGCUCAUCGUUCUUCUAUGAGGAGUUCUAACCAUGUUGAAAGCCUGUAUACGCCAGGACACUCCUUCUACAAAGGCCAAAACACCACACCACAUUCAUCAAUUUAUACCGGCAAUCCCACUAUGUCCUACCAGUCCAGCUUUCAUCCGGUUCCACACACUCCUGUUUUCAUAGGAUAUAAAGAAUCAAGAUUUGAACCACAGGCUCACAGUGGGAACAGGGCUGGCGUAUACAUAUAA